AUUGGCCAUUUGCCAAAUUCGGCGUAAAGUCUAAAAUUAUUUGAACAUUUCCGAAAUAAACAAAAGAGGAGUGCAAGCAUUGGACACCCAUCAUAGUGUAUACGUGCACACACAACUCAAAUACAAAUAAACAACAUGCUCUCCACACUUUCCAGGGCGGGUCGCUCCGCCGCUAUGCGAUCUGUCGUGUCACAGAGUGUACCGGCUGCCUCUGUCGUAGCUCGUAACUUCAGCGACAUCAAGGGUGCUGUAAUUGGUAUUGAUUUGGGAACAACCAACUCAUGUGUGGCUGUUAUGGAUGGUAAAGACGCUCGCGUCAUCGAGAACUCGGAGGGUCAACGCACCACACCUUCAGUGGUGGCUUUCACCAAGGAUGGCGAGCGCCUUGUAGGAGUGCCCGCCAGACGCCAGGCCGUCACCAACCCCCAGAACACACUAUACGCCACCAAGCGUCUGAUCGGACGUCGAUUCGACGACAAGGAGACACAGAAGGACAUCGACCUGGUCUCUUACAAGAUUGUCAAGGCCAACAACGGCGAUGCGUGGGUAGAGGCCGAGGGCAAGAAGUACUCGCCGUCACAGAUCGGCGCGUUUGUGCUGACCAAGAUGAAGGAGACCGCCUCUGAGUAUCUGGGCACCCCCUGCAAUAACGCGGUGGUGACAGUCCCCGCGUACUUCAAUGAUUCACAGCGUCAGGCGACCAAGGAUGCCGGACAAAUUGCUGGGCUUAACGUGCUGCGUGUGAUCAACGAGCCCACAGCCGCCGCCCUGGCCUACGGACUGUCCAAGACGGAUGACCGAUUAAUCGCCGUGUAUGAUCUAGGAGGUGGUACCUUUGAUGUGAGUAUCCUGGAGAUCCAGAAGGGUGUGUUUGAGGUCAAGGCGACGAACGGAGACACCUUCCUGGGUGGCGAGGACUUCGACAAGGUCAUCCUGGACCACAUGUUGGCUGAUUUCAAGAAGAGUGACGGUAUUGAUCUGGCCAAGGACGCCUUUGCGCUGCAGCGUUUGCGUGAGGCUGCCGAGAAGGCUAAGGUAGAGUUGUCCAACUCAACCUCCACCGAUGUCAACCUGCCCUACAUCACGGCCGAUGCCAGUGGACCUAAGCACAUGACCAUGAAGCUGAGCCGCAGUGAACUCGAACGCCUCACAGACAGUCUGAUCGAGCGCACCCGCGAGCCCUGCCGCAAGUGUAUCAAGGAUGCGGAUGUGUCUACCAGCGAUAUUGGUGAGGUGCUGCUGGUUGGUGGUAUGUCGCGUAUGCCCAAGGUGCAGAAGACGGUCAAGGAGAUCUUCGGCAAGACCCCCUCCAAGGGUGUCAACCCCGACGAGGCUGUGGCCAUCGGUGCGGCUAUCCAGGGAGGUGUGCUGGCCGGUGAUGUGCACGACGUUCUGUUGUUGGAUGUGACUCCUCUGUCCCUAGGUAUCGAAACUCUGGGUGGAGUGUUCACGCGUCUGAUCAACCGCAACACCACCAUCCCCACCAAGAAGUCACAGGUUUUCAGUACCGCAGCGGACGGCCAGACCCAGGUCGAGAUCAAGGUCAUGCAGGGCGAGAGAGAGAUGGCGGCGGCUAACCAGAAGCUGGGUGAGUUCACACUCUCCGGCUUCCCCCCCGCGCCUCGUGGUGUGCCCCAGAUUGAAGUUACCUUCGACAUCGACGCUAACGGUAUUGUCAACGUAUCUGCCAGAGAUAAGGGAACCGGAAAGGAGGCCAACAUUGUCAUCCAGAGCAGCGGUGGUCUGUCCAAGGACCAGAUCGAGAACAUGGUACAGGAGGCUGAGAAGCACGCUGAGGAGGACGCCAAGCGCAAGGGUGCGGUUGAGGCGACUAACCAGGCCGAGAGUGCUAUCCACGAUACCGAGAAGAGCAUAAACGAGUAUAAGGAUCAGAUCCCCGCGGACGAGAAGGCCAAGAUCGAGGAGAAGAUCACGGACCUGCGAAAUAUCAUUGGCAAGGAUGAGGUCGACCAGGAGAGUGUCAGGGAGGCCAUCAACCAGCUUCAGCAGGCGUCUCUUAACAUGUACCAGUACGCCGCUAAGAAGAACGAGCAGGGUGGUGAUUCCGGAGCUCAGGAGGCCGAAUUCAAGGAUGUAAACGAUAAGGAUGAGAAGAAAUAAGUUAGUACUUAACCACUCAUGUACAUACAGAUAUACACAUAUUUGUGUGUAUAUACAUGCUGCACACAUCGAGAGUUGAGUGUAGUGGACAGAACUCGGGACUGGGCCAGGGUUGGUCUUUGACACAGUAAUUAGAAAUUAUCUCUGGCUUCCCUUGGCCUAGACCCGUCAUUAGUAUAAAGGGGACGAAUGGAGAAAGCAACGACCUAUUACGCCCCGGUUGUAUAUUAUAAACUUCUCAGUCAAAUUAGGAAAUAAAGCUGUGAACAUUCAUUCAUA